GACCUGGGCUGCAUCUCCACCACUCUGCCCAAAGCCAUGGCCAAUGCCCUCUGGGACACCAGGGCCAUCUCCUAUCAAGGAUGUGCUGCACAGGUCUUCUUUUUCUUCUUCUUGGUUGCAGCAGAGUAUUCCCUUCUGACCAUCAUGGCCUACGACCGCUACGUUGCCAUCUGCAAACCCCUGCACUACGGGAGCCUCGUGGGCAGCAGAGCUUGUGCCCAGAUGGCAGCAGCUGCCUGGGGCAGUGGCUUUCUCAAUGCUGUCCUGCACACGGCCACUACGUUUUCUCUGUCCUUCUGUCAAGGCAAUGCUGUCAAUCAGUUCUUCUGUGAAAUCCCCCAGAUCCUCAAGCUCUCCUGCUCAGAUACCUACCUCAAAGAAGUUUGGGCACUUGUGAUUAGUAUUUCGUUAGUUUUUGGUUGCUUUGUUUUCAUUGUGUUGUCCUAUGUGCAGAUCUUCAGGGCAGUGCUGAGGAUGCCCUCUGAGCAGGGCCAGCACAAAGCCUUUUCCACGUGCCUCCCUCACCUGGCUGUGGUCUCCCUCUUUGUCAGCACUGGAAUAUUUGCUUACCUGAAGCCCCCCUCCAUCUCUUUCCCAUCCCUGGACCUGAUGGUGGCUGUUCUAUACUCAGUGUUGCCUCCAACUGUGAAUCCCCACAUUUACAGCAUGAGGAACCAGGAGCUCAAACAUGCAGUGAGGAAACUAUUUUAUACCUCUUCCUUCAGCACUAAUAAUAUGCAUAAAAUACUAAUAGGAUUUCUGCAAACAAACACUCUUAGUGCAAAUUCUUGA